GAGUUCGAUCGAUAGGAGCUCACAUCAGGGUAUUAGAAACGGAAAAGCUUGAUUCAUUACUGGAAAUGCCUCCUUGGAGUUCAUCAGGGAGAUUACCUCAUGACAUAAGACACGAAAUGGAGACGAGUACUAACGUUGCUAACAGCUGGUCUCUCUGGACUAGAGCUUCGUUGGUGAAGUUGGCCGAAGCAGAGAAACGAUUAUUUGCAACAUUUGGUGCACAAAUCAUCUCACGAUUUAUUCCGGUUCGCUUCAAAGGAAGUGAAAUAUAUACCGUCACCACAGAGCCAACAGAUGAAAAGAAAUCGGACGACCCAAUCGUCCUGGUGCACGGAUUCGGCGCUGGUGUUGCCGUUUGGUCUGCGAACAUCGCUGCUCUUGCAAAACAUCACGUCGUACAUGCUUUCGAUCUCCUAGGUUUUGGUCGUUCAUCACGACCUCGAUUCAGUGACGAUCCCACUUUGGCUGAAUUAGAGAUGGUUGAGUCUAUAGAGGACUGGAGAAAAUCGAUGGGCAUCGAAAAGAUGUACCUGGUUGCGCAUUCUUUUGGGGCCUAUUUGGCUUCUUCUUAUGCUUUGGAACAUCCACACCGCGUCAAGCAUCUUGUCCUCGUCGAUCCAUGGGGUUUUCCAGAGAGAAUAGCACCUACUGAAAAGCAGAUUAAACCAUAUCCUUGGAUGACGUUCAUUGGUGGAGUUCUUUCACAGUUCAAUCCACUCGCCACUAUGCGUGCUGCUGGACCAUAUGGACCGUCCAUUGUGAAGAAAUUCCGUCCAGAUUUGAGUCUUCGAUAUAAGAGCGAAAACCCAGACGACAUCUACGACUACCUAUAUCACUGCAACGCACAGCGACCUACUGGAGAAACCGCCUUCAAGGGAAUGACUAUACCAUUUGGUUGGGCUAAACGUCCAAUGAUUAAAAGGUUCAAUGGAAUAGAUGCAUCUGUGCCUGUUACUUUCAUAUACGGAAGCAAAAGCUGGAUUGAUCCUGGACCAGCAUUUGAUAUACAAGCUCAAAGAAACGGAUAUGUAGACGUACAGAUUAUUCGCGGUGCAGGACAUCACGUCUAUGCUGAUUCUCCAACUUCUUUCAAUGAAGUUGUCCAGACUAUCGUUAAUGAACAGGAAAAACUCAGUCAGAGUAUGCCUGAAAAGAAGAUCCUAACAGCAGAUAAGGACCUUUUUCUUCGUCAUGCUACUGCACUGUAUGAAUGCUGGAAUGCAGGUUCGUAUGGUCUCGGUGAUGUUGAGGGGCUCAUGGUCAUGGUAGGCCAGGAUGAAGGAGCGGUGCAAUACUCAAAAUCGAAAGCUUUUCAAAUAUGGUUGUUGAAUACAGAACUGCUGGAUACGCUCAUGAUUUUCACUAAAAAAGGUAUUUAUGUCUUGGCCAGCAACAGGAAGGCUGACUAUUUCAACAGCGUCAAAUCAGAUGAAUUUGUCGGAGUUGUACCUCCUGUAACCCCGAUCCACAGAGACAAAUCGGAUAAAGAUGCUGCUAACUUCGCAAAGCUGUUGAAAUUUAUCAAAGACGAUGCCAACAACAAAGUCGGUUACUUUGCGAAAGACGUCUUUGACUCAGACUUUUGCAACGAUUGGCAGAAGGCUUCCGCUGACGUCGAAAAGGUCGACCUAUCCGCUGCGUUUGUCCACGUAUUCGCUGUAAAAGAUGAACCUGAGAUAGAGAUGUGCCGAAACUCGGCUGCAGCAACAGUAAAUGCAUGGAGUUACGCUCGAAAGAAAUUUAUAGAGGCUAUUGACCAGGAGAAGAAAGUGAAACACUCCCGUCUCGCCAACGAAAUUGAUUCGGAAAUUGGCUCGUUGAAAGUGCAGGGGCCACUAGCUAAGAACAAAACGAUUGAAACUUGUUAUAAUCCUAUAAUUAUGAGCGGAGGCAACUAUUCUCUCAAAUGGAGCACUGAAAGCUCGGACAAGCUUCUCCAUUUUGGCGUUAUCGUUACGUCGCUUGGAGCAAGACUGGAGAAUUACUGCACCAACCUAACCCGAACAUUGAUGGUGGAACCAUCAAAAAAUCUCGAGGAAGCUUACGAAGGUCUUCUUGCUACCCAAGUUGCUAUAAUAGAAGCACUGAAGCCUGGAGCAAAGUUACGAGAUGUUUACGAUCUCGGAGUUAAGACUUUUCGCGAGAAGUGCCCUGACAUCGCUGACAAGUUGCACAAAAAGGAUUUUGGAUUUGUCACGGGCAUUGAAUUCCGGGAAGGUGGUCUUACGAUAAGUCCCAAGUGUGAAGAAAAGGUGAAAGCUGGGAUGAUUUUCAUUGUUUCUGUGGGAGCAGAAGGACUAACCAACACUAAAGCUAAAGAUGAUGCUGGGAGGAAUGUUACCAUUGCCCUCUCUGAUACUAUACUAGUAAAAAGCGAAGGUUCGAAUGAAAUUCUAACAGAGAGAGCCAAAAGCAGAUUAAAAAACAGUGUCAUAAGGUUCAAAGAAGAAGAAGAAGAUGCCAAAGACUCGAACAAGGAGAAUACAGAGGAAAUGGGACGUGGGAAGCGUAGUGUCGUUCUAACAGAUCAAACGAGAAAUAAGGCCACUAAUGAAGACAAGAGGAAAGAACACCAGAAGCUUUUGGCUCAGCAAUUGAACAACGCUGCUCGUCAACGUCUUGCACAGGCUAGUGGUGCUAGCGAGGCAAAAAAGAUCAAGAAAUCAAAUGUUUCGUACAAAACAUACGACAAGUUUCCUGUUGACACCGAAAUAAACAAACUGAAUAUUUUUGUAGAUAAGCGGCAUGACACUAUCAUUCUGCCAAUUUUUGGUGUUCCUGUACCAUUUCACAUUUCUAUGAUCAAGAAUUGCUCACAAUCUGUGGAAGGCGAUUUUACCUACCUUCGUAUAAACUUUGCCCAUCCCGGCUCUCAGAUUGGAAAAGAAACUGCACAAUUCCCAAAUCCAUUGGCUACUUACCUCAAAGAACUCACAUACAGGGCAAGUAAUGUCAAGGAGCACGGAGAAUCUAUUGCUCCAAGCAAUAAUUUGACAACCGCAUUUCGCCUCAUAAAAGAGAUCCAGAAACGCUUUAGAACAGAAGAAGCGGAGGAGCGCGAAAAAGAGGGCGCUGUCAAGCAAGACAAGUUGAUACUUAGCCAGGCAAAAGCAAACCCCAAACUGAAAGAUCUAUUUGUGCGGCCUAACAUCAUUGCGAAACGCAUAUCAGGUUCUUUGGAAGCUCAUAUCAAUGGAUUCCGAUACACUUCUUUGCGUGGCGACAGAAUCGAUGUCCUAUACAAUAACAUCAAACAUGCGUUCUUCCAACCAUGUGAUAACGAAAUGAUCAUUUUGUUGCACUUCCAUUUGAAGCACCCGGUGCUUUGGGGUAAAAAGAAAUACAAGGAUAUCCAGUUCUAUACCGAAGUCGGAGAGAUCACAACAGAUCUUGGGAAAUAUCAUCACAUGCAAGAUCGAGAUGAUGUGCAGAGCGAGCAGAUGGAGCGAGAAAUGCGGCGGAAAUUGAACCAGACCUUCCAAAAUUUCUGUGACAAGGUCGUCAAGCAAACGAACGACCAGUUCGACUUUGACGCCCCCUUCAGCGAACUAGGUUUCCUCGGUGUUCCUCAUCGUUCUAGUUGCAUGCUGAAGCCGACCUCAUCUUGCCUCGUGAAUCUGACUGAAUGGCCUCCAUUCAUCGUGACAUUGGAUGAAGUUGAAUUGGUGCACUUCGAGCGAGUUUCAUUCCAACUGAAGAACUUUGAUAUGGUUUUCAUAUUCAAAGACUAUAAUCGAAAGACACAGAUGGUGCAGCAAAUUCCAAUGAGCAGCUUAGAUGGAGUGAAGGAAUGGUUGAAUACUAGCGACCUUCGUUACACUGAGGGUAUACAGUCCCUAAAUUGGCCGAAGAUCAUGAAGACGAUCACAGACGACCCGGAAGAAUUUUUUGAAACCGGAGGUUGGAAUUUCCUAGCCGCCGAUUCUGAUCAAGAGGAUGAGCCAGAGGAUGAAAGUGAAUCGGAAGAUGCAUACACGCCCAGCGAGUCCGAAUCGGGAGAAGAUGAAAGCGACGAAGAUGAAAGUGAAGGAGAAGCCACAUCAGAAGAUAGUGAUGAAGAAGGCUCUCUAGAAUCGGACGAGUCGGAAGGUAAAGAUUGGUCUGAUUUGGAGGAGGAAGCGGCUCGAGCCGACAAGAAGAGAGACCAAGAAGAAAUUGGCGGUGGUGACCGCAAAAGACAGCAUGAACGAGAAAGAGAAAGAGACCGCAAAAGACACCAUAGCAGCAAGGGUGGACCUCCAUCGAAGCGACACAACUGUGGUUGGCAUGUGACUUAUACGGUUGUUUGGAGCUCCUCCAUUGUUGUUGAAACUUUUGCCUGA